AGAUCCGCUGAACAACGAAACACGUGAGAUUUCUGAAACAGGUACCGGUAUCAUGAAACAUCUACAGUUGGAUUCUAAUACAAAUUUUUCAAUCACAUCGACUUUGCUCGAGUUUUUCACGGAUGAAAAAACUGUAACAAAUAGUUCAGAUUCAGAGUCAAAAACGGUGGGAACGAUCGCAGUUCAUUUGAAAAAAAGGAAAAUAAUUCGAAAAUCUGAUAAGGAUAGUUGGAAAGAUUGCAAAAGAAAAUCACUAAGGAACUUAGGUCUCGAAUAUUCAAGUCGAAAAGGAAAGAUAAUGCCAUCGAAGAAAUUGUUGCCAGGUUGUGACUUUAAGUGUCGGCUUCAGUGUCAGAAUAAAAUUAAAGAGACCGCACGAAAGGAACUGUUUCAAAAGUUUUGGUCUCUUGGUGAUCGUGUGAAGCAAUGGAAGCUUAUAACGAACUUAUGUGAAAGAAUCCGGAAGAGGAGAAUAACAACGGAACAUAAAUCUUCAAGACAAUUUACGAUCCGUUAUUUUUUGUAUAAUUGCUUGGAGAAACAAGAGAUGCAAGAUAAAACUCGGGUCUGCAAAACAAUGUUUUUAAAUACUUUUGAUAUUUCCGAAUCAACCGUUAAUACUGCUUUAAAUAAAUUAAGCGAAGGCAAUGGAGUAAUUGUGACACGAGAUAAUCGUGGUCGUCAUGGUAAUCAUCAUAGAGUUAUCGAUGAUGAAAUGAUACGCAGCGUCUGCGAUCAUGUGAAUUCUUUUGCUCGGGUAAAACCACAUGAUUCAAAAGAGAAUUUGGCUAAGACAUAUUUAGACGGUAGGCUCACUAUAACUAAAAUGUUUCAAUUGUAUACUGAUUGGGUUCAACUAUCUAAUUAUGACAAUAAAGCAAUGACUAUUAGGCAUUAUACAGAUAUUGUAAAUAAGUUCUUCGAUAUAGAAUUCUGUCGGCUUAAAAAAACCAACCGUAAGAGGCGUCAAAGCCAGUAGCUAUCAGCUCAGCUCAGAAAGACACGCUAAACCUUUGGUCUCAGGUAUAUCUGCAGUCGCUAACAAACAGAGCCCGCGUAGUAGAACAUGAGCUAGUCUCCUUAUUCUAUAUAUUUCAAGGAACUGCCUAGUGUGCCUCUGCAGUGGAGACAUUUCAUAAUAAUGAUGAUGAUUAAGACAUCAAAAUCAGUUGUAAUUUCAUAUGCCGUUCAUUUUAUGUUCAUUUUAAAUAGAAUCUGUUCUUCAGAAUGAAUGUUAAGCCAUUGAUCCCGUUUGCAUCUUUAGUCGUUAGCACUCACCAAUCCUCACUGGGCUCGCGUGGUGUGUCAUGGGCCUAUUCCAUCCAUAGAGAAGGAAUGUGCACUAGCAGUGGGGAAAUUAAUAGGCUAAUGAUGAUGACUUACAUAAUUAUUGUCAUUCAAUGAUAAUUUAUGAUAGGUACAUUGGUGUCGAUUCUGGCAUGGGUCACUAAACCCUAAACUAAAUAUAACCUCAGUCUCUCCUUUUCAUCCUGUAUAGAGCAUUCUCUAAAUAAAGAAACAUUGUUGUCAGAUUUAUUUUUAAGUUUAGAGAAUCAUGCCAGAAUCGACACCAUUAUGAUUAUAAUAUGAUAAGUAUUGUGAUUAUGUGAGUACCAGUUAAAAAUAUACCUGUCUAUCAAAAUAAAAUUUUAAUAUAAUGAUACUUGUGGCAAAUAGUAUUAUUAUUAAAUAAAGUUAAACGUCUCUUUAGUUAUUAUUAUGUAAUACUCAUAUGAAGACAUUAAAAAACAUAGUUCACAUGCGUGAGUAACAUAUUUUUCAAAUUCCAGCAUUCUGUGGCGUGUGGUUAAAGUAUGUUUUUUGAAGUAUGAAUGAAUAUAUACACAUUUGGUUGCAAUUGGUAAUAGCACUGUAUGAAACAUUUUGUCUUGCAUCUCGUAUCGUCUUUGUUAUUUAUAGUUUUAUAAAUUACAAAGACAUAAAAUAUAUAAUAGAUAUAUAAAGUAACCGGAGCAGAUUUUACGUAUUUCUUCUUUGAAUGAACCUAUUUAGCGCCAGUCGCUUAUUCUACAUUCUGCUAUUUAGUAUUUUGAGUUUAUUUUACUGUAAUAUUCUUUUUUUAGUAUUUUUGUCUGUCUAUAGGCGGUGGCGGAAGGAUAUUUUUAAUAUUUCCGCCAUCAUUGCUACGACAUUAUCUUAUUUAUUACAACAAAUAUUAUUCCUCUUUUUAAAAAACUUUAAAGAACACAAGCAAGGAAGUUAUAUACCUAAAAGUAACAGGAAUGCUCACUGUUCAAAAAAAUUGGUCUGAAAAAGACUGAAUAUUUUAAUAAUAUGGUAUGGUAACACGAUAACAACUUAAUAUCCUAUUCGUGGAUAACAUUUUUUUUUUAUUUCUCUAUUUAUUUCGACGUACUAUAAGCGCUGCUAUGUGCACAGUUAAGUUAACUUGUAGAGA